AUGAUGGAAGGUGAAUUGAAGCACAACAUUGAUAAAUUAGUUGAAGAAUUGCGGUUUGUUGUCAAAUCUGAAAAAGAGAUUGAAGAUAUCAUCCAGGUGUUAGAUUCCAUUGUUAAUGUUAGCAAAACUUCCAUCGGAGAAGCUACUGAAUUUACAAUAGAUGAUGUUUUUCUAACUUUAUUACAUCAUGAAUCUAAAGAAAUUAUUGCAAAGACUGCUAAAGCAAUUGCUGAGAUUGCAAAAAGUGAAAGAGGAAGAGAAAAAUGCACCAGUACAGAUUUAGUAAAUGCAUUAAUAGAUCUCUUGAAAGAGGAUCGUGUUGAUGUAUUGACGCAGACUUCUCGAGCUUUGGGAAAUAUUUGUUACGAGAAUGAAAAUGGUAAGAAAUUUGUUGAAGAUAAAAAUGGGUUGAUGUCAAUUCUGGCAGUAUUGGAUAAAAGUGUUGCAUUGAAAGAUGUAGAAGGUGCACCAUUUCUUCGUAAUGUUGCUGCAGGACUUUUACUAAACUUUCUUAUUGAUCAACCAUCUCUUCAUACAGAAGCAUUACAGCAAAAAAUAGUACCUAUCAUCUGCAGUAUUUUGGAAAUUGAUGGAACUGCCGGUGGAGAGGCUGCAAUGCAUUCUCUUUUAAUACUAGGAAUACUAAAUGAUGCUAAUAUAAUAUUUUUAAAUGAAAGACUUACAAAAAUUUUAGUAGAUGUAUUGUCCACUGAUGCAUCAUCAGAACUUUCUGAAAUGUGUUUAGAACUUCUUCAUGGACAGGCAGAAGAUGAAAAUGCAAAAUCAUUACUUGCUAAAGCAGGUGUUUGUGAAUUAUUGUUAAAGUUGUUGGAAAAACAUAGUCCAUAUUGUACAGAUGAAGAAACUAGGUCUGUUUUGAAGAUUGCUUGUAACUUAAUAGUUCUUAUAUUAACUGGAGAUGACAGUAUGAUUAGUCUAUAUGAUAAAAGUAAUGGUGUCACAUAUAAAAAGUUAGUUGAGUGGCUUGAAAGCAAAGACAAAGAUUUACAAAUUACAGCUGUAUUAGCAAUGGGCAAUUUUGCACGUUCUGAUAUUCAUUGCAAACUUAUGGUUACACAAGGUGUUCAUCGAGACCUUCUAAAACUACUACAAAGCAAUAAUACAAACUUUGGUGAUAUAAGAUUUCAACAUGCUUUACUCAGUGCAUUGAGAAAUCUUGUUAUUCCACAGGAUAAUAAACCUAUAAUUUUAAAAGAUGGAUUGAUAGAUGUUUUAUAUUCUAUGUUGGAUAUUCCAUUAUAUCCAGUUGUAUUUAAAUUACUGGGUACUUUAAGGAUUGUUAUUGAUGGUCAAAGUGAAGCUGCUAUAGAGCUGGGAAAAAGAAAUGGUUUAAUAAAAAAGGUUAUUGAUUGGUGUGAAGUUGAAGAACACCCUGGAGUUCAGGGUGAAGCAAAUCGUUUGAUUGCUUGGUUAAUUAACAAUAGCAGAACUAAAGAAAUAGCCCUUCUGGUAAUAGAACAUGGAGCUUUGAAACAUCUAGCUAAAAUGUUAACAGCAUCACAUAUUUUAAUGCUAAAUGAAGCUUUAAUUAGCUUAAUGAUAUUAACCACAACUUCUUUGACUGAAUGUGAAGAUCUUCUUCUUGAUGUUGAUAUUGGUGAAAAACUUUGCAGAGUUUUCAAUCCUGCAAUUAAUUUGGAAGUACCAAUAUUACAUAAUAUUUUAUCUCUAAUAGAUAAUAUUAUUAAUUCAGAUGCAUUAAAAGAACAUCUGCGAAAAACUAAUUUAAUAGCUCUAUGCGAAGAAACAAAGCUAAUCAAACUAGAAUCACAACUUAACGAAAAAUGGCAAAAGAUUCGCGAAAAAAUUGUAUAA